GGCUCCCAGCUCCUCCAGCUCCGCUCUCGCACACUUUCGCUUGGCUUUUUUCUCACACUCAAAAACAGCGUUGACACUUUGUCAGGGACACACACAGAGUCCGCAUCGUUUUCUCCUUUGUUUUCUCUCUCUCUGUCUUCGGAUGUGUUUGUGCGAGCUGCAGAUCUGAAACUCUGAAUCUGUUUCUCACGGCUCCUUUCUUCGGUGGCUGUGAUGCGGGGUCACCGGUGAUGGCUGCAAACUGAGCGCAGAAACACAAAGAGACGCAGCGCCUGCAUCUUUUGUCCCCGUCGCAUCUCCUCUCUGUCUCUGGGAUGUAGGAACUCACUUUUUUUUCCUUUUCUUUCUUUUGUUUUACACAAAGGAACUAACUUUUUUUUUGUUCGCCCCCACCCGAGGAGAAACUAUGGCGAGACUCGUGUCGAAUAUGCGUCUUGUUGUGUUUUUGUUGGGAUUAUUUUUGCUGGGUUCUCCAUCGGGAGGUGAGCCGGAGCCCCAGGAGGUGGAGGAGGAGGAGGAGGAGAGCUCCUGUCAGGGAGCAUUUGACCUCUAUUUUGUCCUGGAUAAGUCUGGCAGUGUGAAUAAUCACUGGAACGAAAUCUACGACUUUGUGGAGAAUUUAGCUGAGAAAUUCAAAAGUCCAAUGCUGAGGAUGUCCUUCAUAACUUUCUCCUCCAGAGCUUCUACCAUCAUGAAACUAACGGAAAACAGAAUGGACAUCAAAAAGGGCCUGAAUGCUCUCUACAGGGAGAUUCCAGGUGGAGACACAUGCAUGCACCUUGGAUUGCAGAGGGCAAAUGAGCAGAUCUACCAUGAGAACUUUGGCACGGCCAGUGUGAUUAUUGCACUGACAGAUGGAGAGCUGCAGGAGCAUCAGCUCAUCGAUGCACAGCAAGAGGCAGAGCGAGCCAGGUCUCUUGGAGCUAUCGUGUACUGCGUUGGUGUCAAAGACUUCAAUGAGACACAGCUUGCCACCAUUGCAGACACCAUCGAGCAUGUGUUUCCGGUCCUGGGUGGCUUCCAUUCCCUCCGGGGAGUCAUUGAUUCGAUCAUCAAGAAAUCGUGUAUCGAAAUUCUGGCAGCUGAGCCGUCCAGUGUGUGUGCAGGAGAGUCUUUCCAAGUGGUGGUGAGAGGAAACGGGUUUCUUCACGCCAGAAACAUCGACCAGGUGCUCUGCAGCUUCAAAAUCAAUGACACCAUCACAGUCAAUGAGAAGCCGGCUGCAGUAGAAGACACAUUCUUACUGUGUCCAGCUCCUGUCAUCGAUGAAGUCGGAAAGGUGAUUUAUCUCCAAGUGAGCAUGAACGACGGUCUGUCCUUCAUCAGCAGCGAUGUGCACGUCACCACCACAGAGUGUUUCGAUGGCACUAUUCUCCUCAUCACCCUGCUGGUGCUGUUCCUUCUGCUGGCCAUGCUCUUCAUGUGGUGGUUCUGGCCUCUCUGCUGCACUUUGGUUAUCAAAGAACCUCUUCCUCCACCUCCUCCUGAGCCUGAGUCCGAAGAUGAAGAUGGUCUGCCUAAGAAGAAGUGGCCCACUGUGGAUGCCUCAUAUUAUGGGGGAAGAGGAAUUGGAGGGAUCAAGAGGAUGGAGGUGCGUUGGGGAGGAAAGGGUUCGACCGAGGAGGGAGCUAAGCUGGAGAAGCCGAAGAACGCUGUGGUGAAAAUGCCGGACCAGGAGUACGAACCCUUCGAGCCCAAACCCAAGAAAGCUCACAACAAGAAGCCCACUCAGAACCGGAAGUGGUACACGCCCAUCCGGGGUAAACUGGAUGCUAUCUGGGCUCUGUUCCGCCGUGGGUAUGACCAGGUCUCUCUGAUGAGACCCCAGCCCGGGGAUCAUGGUCGUUGCAUCAACUUCACUAGAGUGAAGGACGAGUCAGCAGCAGCCAAGGCCCCGCCUCGCACUCCCAUCCACACGCCCUCGCCGCCGCCACCGGACUACCAGCCCGUGACCCGCACCGCCUCCUCGUCUCCCACCUCCAGCAGCCCUCCUGCCAGAUCGCCCCCAUCAGGCCCGGUACCCCCAGGUCUGCCGCCGACCCGCACGCCCCCUGGGCUUCCAUGUCCGCCACCAUCGCGCCCCCCGCCCAGCCUCCAACCCUGAAUCUCAUAGACAAAACCCCUCCCCAAACCCCCCUGCUUUGAUAAACAGACUUACAGCUCUGUUGACCAGUUCUUUCAGUUUGAAGGCCGCCGCCCUUCUACCUGGGCCAAAGCUACUCCUGCUAUAAGCCAAAGAUUUUGAAUCCCAGUCACUCUGUUGUUCUUCUCGUAUGGAAGAGGGUGUCAAGUUAAACAGUUGAGUCGUUUCACACAUGCUACCACAAAGUGUGGUUUUAAUACCAAAGACAGAUGCUAUAUUACUAACCUUGAUGUCCAAGAUACAGUUUUAUGUGCUAAAGUGAAAUCAUUGCAAAAGCUAAUUUCCUACAGAGCACCAACCUGUUCACUUCACAUUUCAUUCAAUACAGAAUGAACAAGAAAUACUUUAACUUUGGUUUGGGAGGAUUGUUGCUGGACAGCAAAGCAUGUUGGGACAGGGAAGUCCACAGAAAAGUAUAGCAAUGGAUGAAACUUGUUUAAUUUGAAUCAACUACUGAGUUGUGCCAUUGUUGAUGAGAAUGAAUUUGAAAAGCAGGUUGUACGUGGAAAGUAACCAGGUUAGACUCCAUUUCUCCAUUGGAGCGUGGUUUUGAGGAAUUCGAUUUCCAAGCAAAUUCAAUCAGUCGUGUUGCUGAAAGUAAAAGAAAAGUUUUGGUUUUUAUCCACCUUUUUGUUUUGUUUCUCCGAUAACAUGCGAACCCAACAGAUUCCAGCCCUCAAAUAAAGAGAUGACAGUUACAGUGUCAGGGAAGUGUACAGAUGUUAAAUGGAAGGUUUUUUACAAAAUGUUUGAGAUGUGUUAUUCGAUGCUAUGUCUUUGAGGCCUUAGAUUUUGUCCACAACCAACUUUUCAUGUAGUUUCAUUAAGAUUACAGCAUUUAUAUUUUUUUUUGUUUUGUGUUUUUUUACUUUGGUAUCUGCGCACAUAGAAUGCUGGUCAACUACAGUAUGUAUUUGUUUGUUAUAAGCAUCAGAACAUUGAAACAUAUAUGAAAUCAAGCAACCAGGUUAAACAUCUUUGCUGACAUUGUUAGUUUUUUUUUUACUUUGAUACCGUUCUGUGUUUUUUAUAUCUUCAGUUUUAUCAUUGCCGGUCACAUUGCAGGUCACAUUGCAACUGCAGGGCAGUUCAAAGAGCAUCUAAUUUAUUUUACUCCCCCGAGAGGACUAUAGGAGAGUACUUGAAUAUCGACAAGGUGUCCAACCACCAAGACGGACACUGUGCGCAGACUUUAGAAUCACAACACUUAGCCAGUUAAAAGUUAUAUAAGGGUUACCAGCAUUUCUCAACCCCUCAGCUACUCGGAGGAGGAUUAGGGCCAUGUUGAAAAAAAAAUACUUCGAAGAUUUUGAGAAGAAACUCUAUAAUAAAAGAAUAAAGUUGUAAUACCCAGUUUUGUGGGAGUUUGAAUUGAUUUGCUGAACAUGGCCGUAGUAAUCUGCCGUAAAAAAAAAACUUUGCUGAAACUGAACGUAACCCUUUUACAAUCAGUAGUGUGUGAACUGGGAAGAAUAAAAACACAAUAGUGUGAAUGUUGGCAUUAUGUGUCUGAAGCUCUUUUCUAGAGCAGCUGAAAAGACGCCACUAGUGUCUACAGGUCAUAUCAGGAAAAACAUUAUUCCUCUAAAACUGAAUAAUAAAGAAGUACGAGAUUAUGACUUUAGAAUCUGUUGAAAAAUGCUGGUAUUUCUUCUAUAUCCAGGGCCUUAUGGAAUUUUCUCCCUUGACUUUUCUUUUUUUAUAUACUUUAAGACGUACGUCGUUCAGCUAUAUACUGUACCAUUGUGUCACCUCGUGCAUUUGUAAUCGGUUGCAGUGUCUUAAAAAAAGAGUCUCCACUGCUGAGGGAAAGGUCCUGAAGUAAAUUGUUUAGUAUAACAAAACUUUUUCGGCUGAAAAUGCUUUUUAAAUUUUGAAUUGGCUUGCUGGAGUUGAAUCAACUCAUAAUAGUGGCUGUGAUGAACAACAGUUAAAUGAAAUGGGCAGGGAAAAUUGGAAUAUUGCUGAAACAUUUCUAGCAUCAAAUCGAACUGCUUUCCCACAGGUGUUUAUGUCUUCACUACAAUUUACAUUUUUUGAGACUUAAUCAUUUCCAACAGUUGGUAGCAUCAUAAAGAAAAUGGAGCUGACGUUCAGUUGGUAUGGGUCCAACUAGAAUGGCACAGUUAAGACCUCCUCCAGAUCCUGAUUUUUAUUUGGACCUGCUCUAAGUUUCACACUUCUAAAUAUCAGUCCCUGUAACAUGUCAGAUUUUCAAGUUCCAUAAAUGAAUCUCUGACAAAUCAAGAGACAUGUAGGAAAAAAAUUCCAGCCUAUCUUGCAAUGUUAAGGGAAGUGGAAAAAGUUCCUGGAGCCACACUGACAUUUAACGAACCCUUACCUGACCCACACCACAACCUCCCAACACGUUUUGUGGAGAUCUGUCUGGUAGUUUUUGUGUAAUCUUGUUCACAAACAAACAAACCAAGCAGAAAAGAAAGGGACAGGGGUGAAAACAGAACCUCGUUGGCAGCAAAACAGAACAGAUCAGACUUUAGCCGGUAUCAUGGUUUGUUAAUUUACACAAUUCUGUUGCGUUACAUUGUGUUAUCUGCGACAUCAAACAGCACCUUUGUGUGACUUCAUCCUUUCACUCCCGUCAGGUUGCCGAGUGAUCGAAGCUCUAAAUCAACGCAGGUCUCAAUUCCUUCACUGACUUAAUGUAUUUCAUAUGUGAAAUGAAGAUUCCUCGGUUUCGUUACCUUGGUCCCAGCAAUGCAUCUUUUCUAAUUUGCUCUAAUAAUAACAACAACUUUAUUCACAGCCAAGAAGAAUUACAGUUUAAAUCCAGCAUCAGUGUUUGAAAGGGAGGUUCUGCAGUUGUUAUCACUGUCAGAUGAGUAGAGAUGCAUUAUGUUAACCAGUGUAUUAAACAGCAGUACUGAAGCAAAUAUGAAAGACGUAUAUGAUUUUCUUUGUUGGUUGACAUGACUUUUUUGAACAGUAUCAAUAAAGGUUGACUUCCAAGCUUC